AUGAAGUUCUCCCUCGCUGUCCUCCUUCCCGUCGCUGGUGUUCUGGCUGCGCCUACGCCUCCUGGAAUUCCUAGCGACUCUACUGCCCGAUCGCUUUUGAGUGGUCUCACUGUCUCUGCUCCCACCAACACCGACACUUACAACAGAGAUCUUUUCCCCCACUGGCAGACAUAUGAGGGCGCUUGCAACACUCGGGAAUUCGUCUUGAAAAGAGACGGAACAAAUGUCGUGACCAACUCCGCAUGUGCCUCCACUUCUGGCACAUGGAAGUCGCCGUACGACGGAGCUACCUGGACACAGGCCAGUGACAUCGACAUCGACCAUAUGGUUCCCCUGAAGAACGCCUGGAUUUCUGGUGCUGCUUCUUGGACCACUGCCAAGCGAACUCAGUUCGCCAACGACGUGACAAGGCCUCAGCUGUGGGCAGUAACCGACAGCGUCAACCAGUCCAAGAGCGACAAGUCCCCUGAUUCAUGGAAGCCUCCCCUGACCAGCUUCUACUGCACCUACGCCAAGAGUUGGGUCCAGGUCAAGAGCUACUGGCAGUUGACCAUAACAACCGCUGAGAAGACUGCUCUCAGCUCUAUGCUUGACUACUGCUAG